AUGGAUUUUAUUUCUGGGUUACCUCGUACUUCGCAUGGACAUAAUGCAGUAUGGGUGAUAGUUGAUAGAUUAACUAAAUCAGCACACUUUUUACCUGUUAGGAUGGAUUAUUCUUUAGACAAAUUAGCAGAGAUCUAUGUCAAUGAGAUUAUAAGACUUCAUGGUGCUCCAAUUUCUAUUAUUUUAGAUAGAGAUCCAAGAUUCACUUCUCGAUUUUGGCCUAGCUUGCAAAAUGCUUUAGGCACCAAGUUGAAGUUUAGCACUUCUUUUCACCCUCAAACUGAUGGUCAAUCAGAAAGAAUUCAAACCUUAGAGGAUAUGCUGAGGGCUUGUGUGAUGGAGUUUAGAGGAAGUUGGGAUAGAAGUAGAUUAAAAGCAGCACAAGACAGACAUAAGAGUUAUGCAGAUCUGAAGAGAAGGGAUAUUGAAUAUAAUGUUGGUGACAAGGUAUUUCUAAGGAUCUCUCCUUGGAAAUGGGUUGUACGUUUUGGUAAAUGUGGAAAAUUGAGUCCACGAUUCAUAGGACCAUAUGAGAUUUUAGAGAGAAUUAGACCAGUUGCUUACCAUUUAGCAUUACUUCCAGAGUUAUCACAGAUUCAUGAUGUUUUUCAUGUAUCCAUGUUAAGGAGAUAUAGAAGUGAUCCUUCCCACAUCCUCCAGAAACAACCUAUCGAGUUGAGGGAAGAUUUAACAUAUGAAGAAGAGUCAGUAGAGAUUAUUGCCGAAAAAAAGAAGGUUCUAAGUAGCAAGAUAAUACCCCUGGUUAAAGUUCGAUGGAGUAACCACUCUAAUAAAGAAGCUACUUGGGAAAAAGAAGAGAAUAUGCAAAUUCAAUUCCCACAUUUAUUCCCUUCAGCAGGGGAUGACCCAACUUUCGGUAUGGAUAAUAGAGGUGCUCCUGCAAUCUAA